GCAUGCGAUGUAGGCGGGAGGACGUUCAGCUCUUUCUCAUUGAUUGAUAAAGACCAACAUCGCGAACUCACCUCCAAGAAAGGGCUUUGUCUGUCUCAACUGAUUUACGUCUCUGGGGAUGAUGAGAUAGAACGAAAUCUCCCAACCUAGAAACAAAACAACUCUCCUCAAUCAUGGAAACUAUCGACCCCUCCACAGGUAGGCCUCUGCCGCCCGAUGCACUCCAACGCAUCCUCUUCAUCGCACCUUCAGUCCACGUCUAUAACAUCCCACCCCUUACCUCGAAUAAGGGCUACGUAGCUGCUACCUGGACGGCUGACAACAAUAAACGACAGAUCUUCACUGCGCGAGUUCGCAUUCUCGAAACAGCCAUCCCGGAUAAAAACGGCGAGGAGAAAGUCAAAGCAGAUAUAUUGCUAGAAGAUCCAAGCAAUGGGCAGCUGUUUGCCGCAGCUCCAUACACAGUAACGGGUGUGGUAGAACAAGUGUUGGAUAGUUCACGAUUUUUCGCAGUCAGAGUACAAGGAGAAGGAGGAAUGAAAGCGGUUCUGGGAAUUGGCUUUGAAGAGAGAUCUGAAGCAUUUGAUUUUAGUGUGGCAUUACAAGAAGUGAGGAAGACGUUGGGGAUUGAAGAGCAAGGAGGAGGAAAACCUCCAUCUGCGGGAAUGAAGAAAGGAGAGGAGAAAUCAGAGGUUAAGAGGGAUUUUAGUUUGAAGGAGGGUGAGACGAUUACGGUUAAUAUUGGAGGGAGAGGUGCUGGUAGGAGGACGCCCAAAAAGAGUGAAGAGUCUGAGAAAGGGCUGGGUGGGUUCUCCUUACCUCCUCCGCCGGGUGGAGGCGGUAUGGGCGCAUUUUUACCACCACCUCCAAGUGCACAGGCGAUCAAGGCUCAGAAGAGACUAAGUCAGAAUAAUAUGGAGGCACCUUCAAUACCUGAACCAUCUGCUGAGGAGUUAGGGUUUGAUGAUGGAGAGUUUGGAGAGUUUCAAUAGAGGAUUAUUGAUGGCCACGCGUAAGCAAGCUAGACAGACGAUUGUCGGGAUUCAAGCGAAAUGCGUCAGGGAACGAUAGGGGAAUUUGGGCAAGAAAUCUUGAAGAUUUGAUCCCUCGCCAACCGAAAAUAAGAGGGUUAUUCAAGGCCUUGUAUUGACUGUCGUCUGCAGGACGUGGCCUGGAGGUGAUGAUUGGAUGUACACAUCGCGGGCUUUCGUUCAGAUCCGAGCCUGCAUACAAUCUUCACAAAACGUUUCAAGAAAGCUCAAAUAAGCACAUCCACACAGCAAGAUAUUCCAAUGCUCAUCAUAGGACAAUGUUCAAGGCGCCUAAAGAAUGGAACGGAGUUGAAAGGAUCUAGAUCUACAAUGAAACUUAAGUUAUGGUCACUUAAUUAGAUAUCUGUGAAUCAACACCACUGAAUCAACAUUCAUACAACCUACAUGUGGACUACAUGUUGUGAGAUGAAAUUCAUAGCACGUGUAUAUCCCCAUCUUUCAUGGAAUUUUCAAACAAUAAAAUCUUCA